AUGGCCCGGCUGGGAGCGCUGCUCCUGACCGCCGCCCUGGGCGCGCUGCUCAGCUUCGCGCUGCUGGCCGCCGCGGUCGCCAGCGAUUACUGGUACAUCCUGGAGGUGGCGGACGACGGCGACCGGCUGUACUCGCACUCCGGACUCUGGCGCACCUGCGAAGGGCAAAACAGCUGUGUCCCCCUGAUUGACCCUUUCGCCAGCGAGGGCCUGGACAUCACCCCUUCUGUGCAGCACCUCCUCUCAUUGCACCGUGCUGUCAUGGUGGUCCUGCCUCUGAGCCUGGUCCUCAUCGUGUGUGGCUGGAUCUGUGGCCUGCUCAGCUCUCUGGCUCGAAGCAUCCCCCUGCUGCUCCUUACUGGUUGCUACUUCUUGCUGGGGGGCGCCCUGACCCUGGUGGGGGUCAGCGUCUAUAUCAGCUAUUCUCACCUGGCCUUCACGGAGACAGCCCGCCAGUACGGCCUGCAGCAUGUACAGGGAGUGCGCAUCAGCUUCGGCUGGUCACUGGCCCUGGCCUGGGGCUCCUGUGCCUCGGAGGUGCUCAGCGGUGUCCUCCUGCUCACUGCUGCCCGAGCCCUCAGCCUGAGCCGGCGCCCAGGGCACCCCCAUUCUGUGGUCAUCUAA